CAGGGAGGCUCAGGCCGCGCAGGAGCCCACGGAAGCGGGGAGAGGCUCAGGCAUGGCGGGCUGCAGGUCCCGAGCCCUACUCCACAGGGAGGCAGCUAAGGCCCGGCGAGAAAUCGAGCCCAGCGCCAGGUGGGCCGGCACUGCUGGGGGACCUGGCGCACCCUCCGCGCUGCUGGCCCGGGUGCUAAGCCAUUCACUGCCGGGGCCUGCGGGGCCGGCCGGCCGCUCCGAGUGCGGGCCCGCCAAGCCCACGCCCACCCGGAACUCUGGCUGGCCCGCAAGCGCCGCGCUUACCCCCGGUUCCUGCCCGUCCCUCUCCCUCCACACAUCCCUGCAGGCUGAGGGAGCCGGCUCCGGCCUCGGCCAUCCCAGGAAGGGGCUCCCACAGUGCAGCGGCGGGCUGAAGGGCUUCUCAAGCGCGACCAGAGUGGGCGCCGAGGCCGAGGAGGCGCCAAGAGCGAGCCCGCUGUCACCUCUCAGGAUGAGCAUGAGGCCCUCACCAGACUCCACCAGAAGUGGCCACCCAAUAUUGAACUUCCCAGCCUUCAGAAUUAUAAUACUCAUUCUCCAGGCAGCAGACAAAAGACUUGGAGACAUACACAGCUGAAGGAAAUGAAAAGGCGACAAGGCUAAGAGAACAAAGAUGAGCAUUGCCACGGUCCGGAGGAUGGUGGUGGAGGAAGCCUUCUCUACGCUGGUGCCUCUAUUGGAACUUUCAGGAAAUGAACAUGUGUGUUUUGUGUUUUUCCCUUUACACCUCAAGAAACUUGGAACAAUGAUUUUCUUUUAUGGAGAAGCUUACAUUUAAGCAGAUUAAAAAUUAGCCCCAAGAAUAGAAAUACAGAAUCAAAGUCCACAAAUUUAAUUAUUGUUUCCCCUGGUUAGCUGAUCUUCAAUUCUGAUAUCUUCCUCUCUCUGGUGUAGGGGAGUAAGGGUUAUACCCAUUUUGAAAUUCUUUGUUGUAUUACGACUACUAAUACACAGGGAAAGUUUCUAUGCAUUCAUUUAUUCAUCAAUAGAUAUUUGUUAGGACUCACUGUUUAUGGAACUGCCCAAGAUAUUGUGGGAGAUACAAGGGAGAAGACAACAUCAACCCUGUUCUCAGAGUGUUUAAAGUCUACCAGGACUUCAAACGUGUCCCUUGCACACGUAAGCAUAAUAAAAGUUAAAAGGAGGUAUGCUAUAAAAUGGAUCAAAAUCAAAGGCUUUCAGAAGAGGAAAGGCAUUCCUUCUAGCUUUGGUCAGAUUUGGUCCACAAUCAAAUCAAAUUCUUAUUAAGUUCACAUUCUCUUACUGACAAACUAAACUGCUGCAGAAAAUAAUCCUCCCCCAUGGGAGAUCUUACAGACAUACCCUAAUUGCCCUAGCUAAGUUUAGAAUGUAGCUCUGAAAAGAAUGACAAAAGAUAUUGAAGAGGCAAGCAAGAAAUUUUGAAAUAUCUGGUCUAUAAGGGUAAAAGACUGUAUGAUACCAAAGCCUCAGGGUACCCAGCUGGGGUCAAUCUAUAUUAAUUGCUAACACCUAGAGGUAAUUAGCAGUAAUUACCCAAAGGAGUGAUGGGAUGGCCAGACGGACUUAAAGGCAGCAAUUCCAGGAGCUCCUACCAUGUUGGGAACCUAACAGCUUCUAGGUAACAAGAAAUAAAUUAGGUUUCCCCAGCAAUUUAUGUAGAUAGUUUUAAGAUUGUAUUACAAAGGACCCUGUGGGGCAAGCUUUUACAAAUAUAUUACUAAAACUCGUAGCCCUUCCUACCCAGAGGUGAAGUUUAUUUUCUCACCCUUUGAGUCUGAGCUGAUCUUACCACUUGCUUUAACGGAUGAAUAUGGGGAAAGAGAAAUUGUGCAACUUUUGCUAGUAAGUCUUACAAGACCUGCAGCUUCCAGCUUCACCUUCUAGGAACAUUGCCCUGAGAUCAUCUUGUGAGGCAGCUGGUCUAGCCUCCUGGAGGAGAAGCAGUUUUGUGGAGAAGAUUCCAGGCAUCCCUGCCAACAGUACCAACUCCAGAUAUAUGAGGAAGAGUAGUUUACAACUGACACUGUUUGGAAUUGCUGGCACAUGGUGAUAAUCAAAGGUAGGCUGACUUCUUGUCAUUUAAAUUGUUGCUUUAAAAUUUACAGAUGAUGCACCCUAUUUUUGCCUGUGCCUUAUGUGGACUGCUCCUGCUGACCCAUGCUGGAUAUGCCUCUGCUCUUGUUACCAGAGGAAGUUAUCCGCAUGGGUCUGCAGCAACUUCAAUUCUUGCCUCCUCAGAAAAAAGAAUUUGACUGAGGGCCAUAAGGCAGAAGGAGAGACCGGGGCAAGUUUUGGAGCAGGAGUGAAAGUUUAUUAAAAAGCUUUAGAGCAGUAAUGAAAGGAAGAAAAUUACACUUGGAAGAGGGCCGAGUGGGUGACGUGAGAGGCCAAGUGCAAGGCUUGGCCUCUUGACUUGGAGUUUUAUAUGUUGGCAUGCUUCCGGAGUCUUGCGUUACUUCUCCCCACUCCUGAGAUCUUAUUGGGAAGCUGCUGAUUACCAGUCUCAGGUGUUUUCUAUUAGAGACUGCCUUUCCCUGGCACCAGCUGUGACAAAUUGUUACUUUAGAGAGACAGUUAGCAACUGCCUCAUGGUCGCCCAAUGCUCCUGGUGUGUGUGUCGGGGAGCCCUCUCCUGCCCUGCUCAUAUCUAACUAGCUACCUACUGUACCACUUUUAGCAUUUCACAUCCCAUCUGACUGCGACUAGGUGAGACCAGCAGGAACUGCUCAGUUGACUCAAAGAAUCACCAGAAAUAAUAAAUGGUUAUUUCAUGCCACCAAGUUUCAGGAUAAUUAUGUAGCCAUAGAUAAGUGGCGCAGGAAAUGAUCACUUAGAGUAAUUGAGCUAGAUUUUUCUUCCCGAAGCUGUGACAAUUAUAAGAGCUCUAAAUAUGUACUGGGUGGAAGGUAAAGAUUUGGGGACUAUUGUUGAUGGUACGGGUUAUUAAUGGAGGUGAAGUCAUUUUAAAUAAGGUGGGAGAGGUGAUGCAAGAAGGAAAUGGGGAGAGAAAAAUGUUUCUGUGAAGAUUGGAGAUUUAAAAUGAUCACGAAUAGAUUGGUGAGGGGGAGUGUUUUAAAUAAAACAGUGUUUUAAUUCCUGAAGCUAAAUCAUUUGUUGCAUCUUGAGUAUGAAACCAGACCUUUGGGAGUGGGAUCUAAAUGUCCCUGAAACAAUGAGGUAUGCUUCUAUGUGUACCAGCAAAGACAUAAAGUUCUGUCCCAAAAACCAGGAUGAAGGACACAUUGUGGGGGUUGUGUUUUCAUGGUACAGAGCUUUAACAUACUUAGUUGGUAGGUAAUUUCUGAAACAGUAGCAAGGAUACAAUGGUAAAAAAUUGGCAAAACUCCAUCCCACUAAUUACUAAUAACUUUAAAUUUAUGUGGUAAAUUACAUAACCAUAGAUAAAUGCCAUUUCCAUAUCCGGUUCCUGAAAUGACUACAAAUAUGAAACUGAGUCACAGAAAACUGGAGUGUUAUUUUAAACAUUUCAAUCAGUUCAGAUUUUGCUUUUUAUGACUUUGAUUGAUUUUCAUGCUAUCUCAAACAUUUUUCUUAAAGAAUGAAUUUUUUUGGACCAUGAUUUGGCAAAGAUGAUGUGCGUACUAUGAAAAUUGGAGACUGUGGUUGUCAGAAGAGGUGAUGUUCUGUUCAGUAAAAUUAUACUGAAACUUGUAGGGAGGAGAAAUAAAUUCCUGGAAUAAUGAAGAGCUGUAUGUUCGAACUAUUAUGGAAUACAACAGAUGUCUGUAGGUAGAAGAACAAUGACAGUGAAGUGCAAGUGAUUAGGAAGAUAGGGUUGAAAAUUAUGACCUCGGUUGGCCAAUGACAAACAAAUUGAAAAUUUAAUUUGGAGCAAACUUUCUUGUAAUAUUGAGACUUAAUUGGUAGAAAUUUAGGAAUGUAAUAUAACAGUGGGAAGUAUAUCUGUCUUAUUCAACAUGUUACACUCCAUAACAACAUGGAAUAUAAGGGCAUAGUAAGAAAUCUAUUUUUAAUACAUUAAAGGUGUGAUAAAUGGUGGACAGAUUUCUGGAAGGAUAUAAAGCGGGAGGAAUAGACCUGGCAUUAUUGUGGAAUGGAUUACAGCAUGCCUGGUCAGAUGCAGAAUAUGAAUGAAGUUUUCAUGAUGCAGAUUACAAAACUAGUAAACAGGCAAGACACGGAUACAAAAAGGUGGCAGAUUUUUUAUUUUUUUUAACUUUUGGACAUUACUAGAAGUCUCCUAUUAAAAACAGAGGUCUUGGUAUGUGGUUAAUUUUCCUGGCUGACAAUGAAUUAUAAGAAAACAUUUAUAAGAAAAAAUUUUGAGAAACUGCUGGUCUGGAUUUAUUUA